AUGACAAAGAAACGAAAAAAAUUGGAUGUUAUUCAUGAUGAGGCGUCUUGUGUACGUGCCAAGCUUGAAAAGGUUUUAUUAAAAGUGCCACCUGAAAUAUAUAACCAAUUUCGAUAUAACUACAACUUACUAAGUACAACCGCAGUUAGAAAUAUAGCAAAGGAUUUAUUUGAAACUACUGCGUUUUCACACAAUGGUAUAUUAGGAGGCAAUGAUUCUAAUUUUCCUUUGAAAUGUAAAGUUAAUGAUGACUACUUUCUCUUACCUCGUAAAUCACGGUUUUUUUGUGGGGAUGUGAUAGAGCAGUGUAAAAAACUGGAUGGGAAAAAGUUUGACAUUGUGAUAGCUGAUCCUCCAUGGUGGAAUAAAUAUAUAAGAAGACUGAAAGCUGCAAAUACAAAGCUAAGUUAUUCUAUGAUGUACAAUGAGGAAAUUGCAUUAAUACCUGUAAAAAAUCUCUUUGCGGAUAACUGCCUUGUUGCAGUUUGGUGUACAAAUUCACCAAGCAAUGUGACUGCUGUGAAAGACUUAAUAUUUCCUAAUUGGGGAGUUGAGUACGUAACUACUUGGUACUGGUUAAAAGUAACAACAGGUUUUAAACCAGUUUGUGAUUUUGGAUCAGGGAGCAAGAAGCAACCUUAUGAGAGGAUAAUAUUUGGAAAAGUUGGCGAAGUUGGACGUAUUCCAAAAGAACAUUUGAUCAUAAGUGUACCAAGCGCGUUACAUUCACAUAAGCCACCAUUGUUAGAUAUUUUAAAACCUUAUGUGAUAGCGGAACAUCCUCAAGUAUUGGAGCUGUUUGCAAGAUAUUUAUUACCAAAUACAACUAGUGUGGGUUUCGAACCUUUAAAGUGGCAACAUAUCUCACUUUAUGAAAUUUGGUGUACAAAUUCACCAAGCAAUGUGACUGCUGUGAAAGACUUAAUAUUUCCUAAUUGGGGAGUUGAGUACGUAACUACUUGGUACUGGUUAAAAGUAACAACAGGUUUUAAACCAGUUUGUGAUUUUGGAUCAGGGAGCAAGAAGCAACCUUAUGAGAGGAUAAUAUUUGGAAAAGUUGGCGAAGUUGGACGUAUUCCAAAAGAACAUUUGAUCAUAAGUGUACCAAGCGCGUUACAUUCACAUAAGCCACCAUUGUUAGAUAUUUUAAAACCUUAUGUGAUAGCGGAACAUCCUCAAGUAUUGGAGCUGUUUGCAAGAUAUUUAUUACCAAAUACAACUAGUGUGGGUUUCGAACCUUUAAAGUGGCAACAUAUCUCACUUUAUGAAAGUAUUGAAGAGAUAUCAUGUUGA